AUGCUUCCGGCUGGACACAGACCAACCGGCCUUCUCCGCGAGCUCCUGCGGGACUUCGCUCAGGCGAGUGCCACACGGAGACCGAUCCCACCCUUGCGCACCUUCUCGUCCCGCCAGCGCCCUCAGCAGCGACACUUCCCCCGCUCCUCCUCGUCGUCCCUCUUCCCCUUCCAUCGGCGGACAGGCGUGCCUGCAAACCUCCCCGCCCUCGCUCCUUACUCUCUCUGGAGUCGCGCGGUUCGCUCUGCGAAAGAGGCGAGCGAGAUUGACGACCUCCGCGACGCCAUCUCGAAGGCCUCCUCACCCGCCGAAGCAGCCGAAGCGAAACUGAAGCUCUUCCAGGCGAUCUAUAACCUCGACAAGAAGACGUAUGCGCAGGAGGUGGAGGGGUUGCAGUUGUACGAGGAGGUGACGGGACUCUGGAGCGACAAGCGGGAGCCAACGCAGGUCGAGGCGCUCAAGGACAACGAGGGCUUCCUCAACUACCUGCGGACACUCGGCACUCUCGUCUCGUCGACGUACAAGGACGCACCCGAAGAAGAAAUUGCUUCGAACCUCGAGAAGCUGAAUACGGCCCUUCAGCGACGAAACUCGGUCCUCGGACACGCUCCGACUUCCGCGACCACGACUGCGACCCCUGAACUAACACCGACACUGGCACCUACCGCAUCUGCGACUCCUGCUCCUGCCGCCCCUUCGACUUCCACUCCUCCAGUCCCUCCUGCAGCACUCAUUUCCGCCCUCUUCUCCGGCGGUUCGCGAGGCAAAGGCGGGGAGGCGAAGAUUGCGUCCGCCGGGUCGUACGGCUCGUGGUCCUCCAUCUUUGGCGGCGCUUCAGCAGCAAAGGCGGGCAGUCCCGAGCCGAUAAGGGUCAUCGUCGAAGAGCCCAAGUCUCCGUUGGUUUGGCGCGCGCUCAAGUUUGUCGCGGUCACCGCCCUGUACUCGUUUCUCCUGCUCUCGCUUUUGUCGCUCCUCAUCGACUCGUCCGGCAUCUUGCGCGCCGGCGGUGCCAGCCAGCCUUUCCAGCCGACCGCUCCGCCCGACCCGUCUGACCCGAACCGUCGCGGUACGACGUUCAAGGACGUGCACGGCGUCGAGGAGGCCAAAGCCGAGCUCUACGAGAUCGUCGAGUUCCUCAAGGACCCGAAGAAGUUCGAGAAGCUCGGUGGCCGCCUUCCUCGCGGCGUCCUCCUGACUGGCCCUCCCGGUACCGGCAAGACUCUCCUCGCGCGUGCCGUCGCAGGCGAGGCCGGUGUGCCCUUCUUCUCGGCGUCUGGGUCCGAGUUCGACGAGAUGUACGUCGGUGUCGGCGCGCGCCGUGUGCGCGAGCUCUUCACUGCUGCCCGCAAGAACGCUCCCGCCAUCGUCUUCAUCGACGAGCUCGACGCCGUCGGUGGCAAGCGCUCGCCAAAAGACCAGAGCUUCCACAAGCAGACCCUCAACCAGCUCCUCACCGAGAUGGACGGCUUCUCGACCGGCGAAGGCAUCAUUCUCAUCGGCGCGACCAACACUCCUGACGCCCUCGACCGCGCUCUCGUCCGUCCCGGCCGCUUCGAUCGCCAGGUCGUUGUGCCCCUCCCCGACGUUCGCGGCCGCAUGGAGAUCCUCAAGCACCACAUGAAGAACAUCCUCUACGACAAGCAGAAGGUAGACGUCUCGAUCAUCGCUCGCGGUACGAUCGGUUUCUCCGGCGCCGACUUGCAGGCGCUCGUCAAUCAGGCCGCUGUCAAGGCGUCUGGCGAGAAUGCCGACAUGGUCCGACCGAGCCACUUCGAGUGGGCCAAGGAGCGCAUCAUGAUGGGUGCCGCCCGCACGUCGGCCUACAUCACGCCCGAGAACAAGCUUGCGACGGCGUACCACGAAGCCGGACACGCACUCCUCGCCCUGUACACGAAGGGCGCCUAUCCCCUUCACUCGAUCACGGUCAUCCCGCGCGGCGCAGCUCUCGGAUACACACUCAUGCUUCCCGAGAAGGACGUGCAGUCGCAUUCGCUCACCGAGUACCGUGCCAAGAUCGCCGUGGCGAUGGGCGGUCGCGUUGCUGAGGAGCUCAUCUAUGGCAAGGAGAACGUCACGGACGGCGCGUCGUCGGAUAUCUCGAACGCGACCCAGAUCGCCUCGAACAUGGUUCGCCGCUUCGGCUUCUCCGAGGCUAUUGGUCCUGUCGCGCACAUGAACGACUCGGACCAGCCGUCACCGUCGGAGGAGACGCAGAAGCUCAUCGACGGCGAGAUCAAGGGCUUGAUCGAGAAGGCGCAGGACCGCGCGAGGGAGGUCUUGACGGCCAAGAAGGAUGAGCUGGAGAGGCUCGCGCGUGCGCUGGUCGAGUACGAGACACUGGACAGUGCCGAGGUGCAGAAGGUCAUCAAGGGCGAGCCGAUCCGGCGGACAGGUCUCGAGUGA